AUGGCGGCGUCCAACGGCGAGGGCGGCCACGGCCGGUUCGACGUGAUCGUGGUGGGCGCGGGCAUCAUGGGCAGCUGCGCGGCGUACGCGGCGUCCUCCCGCGGCGCGCGCGUGCUGCUCCUGGAGCGGUUCGACCUGCUCCACCACCGGGGCUCCUCGCACGGCGAGUCGCGCACCAUCCGCGCCACGUACCCGCAGGCGCACUACCCGCCCAUGGUGCGCCUGUCGCGGCGCCUCUGGGACGAGGCCCAGGCCGACGCCGGGUACGCCGUGCUCACGCCCACCCCGCACCUCGACCUGGGCCCGCGGGACGACCCGGCGCUCGUCGCCGCCAUCAGGAACGGCGGCGCCACCGAGGUCGCCCUUGCCACCGCAGCCGGCGAGGAUGAGCCGUCGGCGGCGUCCUGGCCGUGGGCGGGCGUGUUCAGGGUCCCCGACGGGUGGACGGCGGCGCCGAGCGAGCUGGGCGGGGUCAUGAAGGCCACCAAGGCCGUGGCCAUGUUCCAGGCGCUCGCCGUCAAGAACGGCGCCGUCCUCAGGGACAUGACUGAGGUGGUGGACGUCGUCACCGGCUCCAAGCGAGGUGAAGGAGAGGGGACAAUCUUGGUGAGGACGUCUAGCGGCGAGGAGUUCCAUGGCACCAAAUGCAUAGUGACAGUGGGCGCCUGGACGAGCAAGCUGAUCAAGACGGUGACGGGCCUGGAACUUCCCGUGCAGCCGGUGCACACGCUCAUCUGCUACUGGAAGGUGAAGCCCGGGCACGAGCAGGAGCUGACCCCGGAGGCCGGCUUCCCGACGUUCGCCAGCUACGGCGACCCCUACAUCUACGGCACCCCGUCGAUGGAGUUCCCGGGGCUGAUCAAGGUCGCCAUGCACGGCGGGCCGCCCUGCGACCCGGACGGCAGGGACUGGUCCACUGGCGUGGGCGUGGCCGGCGGCGGUCUGGUGGAGCCCGUGGCGCGGUGGAUCGACGCCGUCAUGCCGGGCCACGUCGACACCGCCGGCGGGCCGGUCAUCCGGCAGUGCUGCAUGUACUCCGUCACCCCCGACGACGACUACGUGGUCGACUUCCUCGGCGGGGAGUUCGGCAAGGACGUCGUCGUCGGCGCCGGGUUCUCUGGCCAUGGCUUCAAGAUGGGACCGGCCGUCGGGAGGAUCCUGGCCGAGAUGGCCAUGGACGGGGAGGCCACGACGGCGGCCGAGGCCGGAGUAGACCUCCGCCCCUUAAGGAUCGGCCGGUUUGCGGAAAAUCCCAAAGGAAACCUGCUGUAG